AUGUGGGCUUUUGACUCACCAGUGGAGAGGGGGAUUGUCCUGCGGGCAAAAGAUAGCGACAAGUGCAAGAUAUCGCCGCUACUCGCCGAAAACAUUCAUGACUUAGAGGCUUUCAAGGAGGAGUUUGCUCCUUAUCCGAAUGGCAUGACGAUGGACACUCUGUUCAAUGUGUUGUUACGUCACAUUGGGAAGAAGCGUGGGGAUUCUGAUGGUUUUGGCUUAUCGCAAAGUAAUUGGUUGGCCUCGCGGGGUGAAACGCCUGCGUCACCCCAAAUGAGUCCGCGCGGCAUAGUGAAGGGAACUGUGCCGAAACGACCUCAAAAAACCUCGAUGUUGCCUGCAGGUAGACCCAGUAACUCAUUUUCUUCGAUGCCGCAAAAGGAUGCGCUGGGUGCGCUCAGGGACGGUCUUUACAUGUCACCAUGGAAGGUGGGUGCGUCGCAUCAACACAUUUCGGGUUCGUGGACGGAUAUAAAUGCAUUUGAGAAUUUAUUUAACAGGCUUGAUAGCGACAGCGAUGGGCUUGUCUCCUGGGACGAUAUCAUGCAGCUGGCUGUGGAGGAGGCUACGCAAAGUAUUACCAUCAUCACAGAAGAAAUGCGUUCAUACUCUCUUUCCCGCAUUUCAUCUCAGGAGAAGCUCGUCCGGCUGGUCCAUACACUUCCAGACCACAAGUCCGUGUUUGCCAUCGCAUCGCGGGCAGACCCGCUUUUGUUGGUGAGCAAGGAGGACUUUAGUGUGGUGAAACAGUUUAGGUUGAAGGAUUUUGACAACAAUCACCCUCAACUUAUUGAAUACUUACCAGUUCCAGAUGUUUUGCUUGCCUAUUCAGUAAAUGACAAGACGUUGCGUGGUUGGUGGAAUGCCGUUUCGGUGCAUCGUAUGGGAACGCUUUCCCCAUUGUAUUUGGGAGAUACAAUUCGAAGGAUUCGUACGCAGCCAUGGAAAUUCCCGUACUCUUUUUUUACAUGCAGCAGCAAUGGAAAAAUUGUGCAUUGGCAACUGCCCAAGCAACGGUCACUACUGGAAAUAUCACGGGUACACGCGUAUGAGGUACUCCAUAAGCCUGACACCGGCGGCAUCACGGACUUUACGGUUACGGAUGAGUGGAUUUUUUCUACAGGGUUUGAUUGCCGCCUCUUUUCUACAAACAUUGAAACUGGUCGUUCCAUUCUUGUUGGACUUCCCCAUGACACGAUUAAGUUUCUAGAAUACAAUCGAAAUUGCGACUGUCUGCCAACCGUGUCUUAUUCAAAUCGUGUUUUACUCUGGGAUGUGCGAUCCUCAUCAGCGACUCCCGGGGCUACCUUCAGAGACGAGGGGGGAAGGCCACACACAGCAGAUGUAAUUGGACUUUGCAAUGCACCGGGUCUGCCACAAAUAAUAACCUGCGAUAGUGUGGGGAUGAUGAAAGUAUGGGACCUACGUGCACUUCGGUGCUCUCAGACUUUAUAUGCCGACGGAACGGCUAUGGAGGAUAUGAAUGUAGAUUAUAUGUAUAGCGAUCAGGCAAUUAACAGAAGCGAUCGGUCUUUUUUGUUUCAAGCCUUGCGCAAAGGUGAUCCUAAAUGCAUUCGUUCCAUUGGGUUUUUUCCGAAUACGCAGGAAGUUGUGUGUAGCUCACCUGAAGCCAUUUACUGUCUUCGAUACAAUCAUCGCCGCGAUGGUCACACCGCUGACGUUGAGGUUGUGCACGCCGCUUUUUAUGAUCCAUACCACAGCACGAUCUUUCUUCAGGGAUCGGCGCGUACAUCUGUUUGGGACGCCGUAGAUGGCUUUCGGAGACGUUUAUUUGAUCGUUCGUCUCAUAUAAAAGUACCUUAUUGGCAGCAAGAAGUUAUUGCUGUCUGCCUGGACUAUCCACGGAACCGUCUCUUCUUUGCCAUAGCGGGGGGUACGGUAGAAGUUCGCUCGUCUAAAAAUUUUGUUCUGUUGGAAACCUUUGCAAUGCAUGAAGUCAAUGCACAGGAAAUGCUCUUUAGUAUGAAACACAAAAUGCUUGUGAGCAUUUCCAACAAUGGUUUUCUUACCCUUCUUCAUGAAGAGGAUUCGGGGCAUUCUAUUUCUAAUAUUGGGCUCUCUAGCCUUCCAUUGCGUGCCCUGUCAUUGAGUGAUGAAGCGGGCCUAAUUGCGUGUUGCGAUGAAAAUACUCUCUUUUUUGUUGAUUACAAGCAGACAAAAUUGACUUUUUUUUCGGUUAAAUUGAAUGUCCCUGUGCGUACAGCGGCUAUGCUCGGCACAUACCCCGUUUUAGCUACGAGUAGCGAUAAUGGUGAGCUCACCCUUUGGUCGACACCGCCUGCGGAAGAAAGUUAUACGCCAUUGGUCUCUUUCUUUGUUGGACAGUCUUCACCGAGCUUUUGGCGAAGGAAAACGGUCAAAAAUUUUUCGUUUUCCCGUUCUUCGCCGGAUCGCCGGGAGCAGGCAGAGGUUUCCUCAUUCAGCGCCCCUUUGAGGUCAGCAACCGAACCCGACGAAGAAUAUCCCCAUGGCGAGUCGUCAGAUUUCUCAGAAAAACUGGGGGAGAAAGAAAAGCAAAAGAUGGGCUUUACAAACCUGCUUGAGGCUAUUGCUGCAGAUGAAAAGGCGAGUGGGGCAUCCACUGCGAUCUCAUUUGAUGAUGUUUUGCACCGUCUAUUUGUGGCGGAUCAAAAAGGAAGUUUGUUUAUAUACUCAUGUUGUUCUUUUCUUCAGGGAUUUGGCUUUCGGCGCUGCUCCUUUGAGAAUCGAAGUAGAUAUGCCCUUUGGGGCAUGAAUGACGAUUUUAGGACGUUGCACUUUCCGAUUUUACUUCAAACACUUUCGCCGCAUAAUGGUUAUAUAACUUUUAUGAAAUGGUUUCCCGGCUUGAGUGCUGUCGUUACGUGUGGUAGUGACCACUUGGUAAAGAUCCUUGAUUAUGACGGCAAAGAGACGGGACAGCUUCGUCUGGAUCGGCUCCCACCGAGAAGCCUCUUGGAUGAAACGGAUGGAACCGAGAUUAAAGCGUAUGCGGAAAAAACACCUCAGUGUUUUACGAUUCCUUUUUCUUUACCUCCCCCUUUCCCGGCCUUGAAAAGGUGCAAGGAAUGCGCCCGAAUUGAGGUGGAACUGAAGGAUAGUCGAAAUUCCUCUUUGAAAGAGUUAGCGAAAGAGUCACUGCCGCUGCCUGCUGCAAACAUGUAUCAAUGUGGUAGUCUCGCUCCAUUGGGUGAGACGGAGUUGACUUUGCCGCAGCCCAGUGCCUUUGUUGGGGUGGCAUCUGAGGAGGUUAAUUGCAACCGCGGCAAGGAGACGCCGUCGCCCCCUUCUGUCAGCCUCCGGUUAGUGGCACUCGAAGAAAAAAAGCAAUGGCGCCCACGGCGGGAAGUGCCCUGUCUCUUUCGUGAGAGGAAACACGCUUCCGCAACGACUAGAACAAGUUUUUCUGGGGAAACAGUAUCUGGCCGAGGAUCGGCUCGACAAAUGUGCCGCACGACACCUUUGCGGGGGAUGAGUUCCACGAUUGAAUGGUGGAGGCCCAGGAGUGUGCCGACUCCCCCUUCCUUUAAGACGAAGCAGCACCGAGGGGCCCCCACGUGCUCAAAUGAUAAUAAUGAUAAUAAUAAUAACGGUAAUAGUGGUAGUAGUGGUAUUGAGGGCGCACGGGAUGAUUUCAAAAACUUUAGUGGGGAGUUAUGUUUCUCCGGCAAUUCCGUGUCACCGCCGAGCCCAGUCUCCUUGAAACUACCGGAGGGCUUAUCGGCGGAAGGUCCAAAACCCGUUCUGGACUCAUCACAGAAUAUUUUGCGGGAGAGUGGGGGAAGAUUUCUGAAGAGGAAUCAAAAGAAGAAGUGGACAUUUAUAAGGACGAACCGUUCCGAGGACGAAACGAGGGCUGAGAUGACGGAACAAUCCGGAUCUUUUUUGGAUAGCGUUUUACGCACCUAUGAGAAAGAGCUGCGCCGUUGUGUUCGUGGCCGGAAUGUGAUGAAAAGGCUUUGUGGUAAUUCACCCACGGCAAGGAUGACCAUUUCAAGUCCAACCGGUCAUGGUGCCAGCCGAUGA